AUGGGCGAUUUUACCUAUGAUGUUGUUCUGACAUUGAGAGAUCUGGGCAAAGGUCUAGGUGUCACAAUGCCAUGGAUAACUCAAAGUGACGAUUUGAUUCAGAGCAAGGUUGAAGAGAAACUCGGCCUUCAUGUUUAUCCACGACCACCAGAUUUUCCAUCGGAACUAUUUCGUCGAUGGAUCGUAUUCAAUGCUCGCGAGCAAAAGUUUCAAGUUGUCAAAGGUAUUACUAUUGAAAUCUUACGUAAACUCAUCAAUGUCGAAGCAAAUGCACCAGCACCAGAGUGUAUACUGGCUCGUGCGCAUCUUCAAAAUGCUUUUUCUAUGUGUAAUCCGGAUGGUAGCGCUCCUCGUCUGAUAGAUUUCGACAAAUUUCACGGUUCAUUUACGCCCGAAUUUUAUCCACGUCGAUUUGCAUUGAAAGAUUCACUCUAUUCACAACGACUCGACAUACUUGCCACCUUACUCAAAUACGUUCUUGAGCGCUAUCAAAACUGCAGACCUCCAAUAAAAUAUUGUGAGCUAUCGAUCGGCGUCGGCGACCUUUGUCGUCCAUGGGUCUUUGAUGUACUACGUAGUUUUCCCGCCUAUCAACCAAUUAUCGGAUGCAUACUUGAGUCCGGCAGCUUUCGUACGAUGAUCGAGAAGGAUCAUUUUCCUCAGCUCAGGAACGCUUUUAAAAUGCCAAAUGAGAAACCAUUGCCUUGCGUACUCAAUGUUGUUUACAAAUUUCUGGCUGGUUUCAACCGACAAACUCUCAAGGGGAAUGGCCUCGAAAAUCAGCUGAAUGCUCUUCGCUUACUCAACGAUUCGCCUAGUUUGGCCAUUUAUUACAUGCUGAAAGAAAUUAAGCGAAGUGAAGAUGAUGAAGAUGCAAGAAGAUGUACUGAGGUAAAUUUAGAGGUCAGAAGUUCACAUCCAUGCGGAAAACAAGUUGCCAGUAAAAGACAAAAGAUGAUUGGGGGUAGUUUCUGA